AGAUUCUGAACACCAUAGUCGAGUUUUUGCAUCAUUGUACGAGUAAAUAUCAACAAAGUCGGAAGACAUAUUUAUCCAAACGCCGGUUUUCGUUAAAUUAAUCAACAACGAAGGCUAAAAUUGAAAUUUUAAAGCAUAAAUUCCCAUUCAAAAUUAAUAUGGAAGAGCUUUUUGCAAGUAUACAGCGUAUGACGCUUGAACGAUUAAUGUCGGGCCCAACUGAGGAGUUCAAAAAGCUCAAAACUGGUGCUGAGAUGAUAAAAUACUGCCGUGAAGAAAUCUUGAAGGCUCGAUUGAUUGACAAAAACGAAGUUGCAGCUGGAAAAAAUGAAAAACUUGCAAUUGAAGCUCGUUCUCUCGCCAACAAUCUCUUUAUGAAAGAAAAAGAUUUUGUGCAAGCGCUUGAAUUAUACAACAAAAGUCUCUGUUUGUCCCCUGUCGGAAGUGAAAACAUCGGAAUUUGUUACGCAAAUCGCUCUGCGGUGUUUUUCGAGUCGGGAUUUUAUCAAUUUUGCUUGGACAACAUCGAACUUGCCUUGGAAAAUAAUUAUCCGGAACAGAUGAAACCGAAAUUGGAAGCUCGUCGUUUGAAAUGUUUGGAAUUUUUGAAGAAAUCUAAAAAAGAAUCCGCUGAAACUGAGUCUGCGAUAGAAUUGUCGUUUCCGGCAAGCAAGUUGAACCCUUUUAUCAUCGACGGUAUUGAGCUCAAGACAUCAGAAGAGUUUGGACGUCAUAUUUGCGCUAAAAGAGAUUUGUUUCCAGGUCACGUUAUUAUGAUUGACAAGCCGUACUUUCAAUCUCUGGAAGUGGGAGCAGAAAAUAAGUUCUGUAACAACUGCCACAACCAAAAUUUGUUAAAUUUGGUGCCUUGCGAGUUUUGUAUAAAUGCAAUGUACUGCGGAUCAGCUUGUAAAGAAGAAGCCUGGAAGCGUUUCCACAAAUUUGAAUGCAAAUUGAGUCGAAAUAAGGACCGACUUUCAACCAGAGCUCUCCUUAAGACUUUCACAUUGUUCGAUGAUUUGGACAAACUUCGUAACUUGCUGCAACUUUGUUCGGAAAAUCCUGUCACGGCCUUUUAUUUGAAGCAAGACGAUGAAAUAGAAACGUUUAAAGCAAUUUAUUGUCUCGAAACAAAUCGAUCGCAAAGAACUGUUAAAUUUAAAUACGAAUAUGCAAUGACAGUCGCGCACACUUGGCAUUCACUGAUAACUCAAUCACCGAUCAAAAGUUUGCUCAAAACGACCAAAGAUGAAGAUUUCUUCCUCGACACUUGGUUCCACUUUGGCUUAAUUCGAUGCACAAAUUCUCACGAGUUGAUGAUAAAGACAUCCGAUCGCCAAAACUUCAUGCUAAGCGAUGGUUCGCUUCAAAAAUUCGGUUCAGCUAUUUGUCCAGUGAUCAGUUUGUUGAACCAUUCGUGCGCUUCGAAUGUAACUCGGAUCUUUGGAAAGGGAAAAUUUGCUAUUAUGGUCCUACGCAACAUCAAGGCUGGUGAGCAAAUUUUCAAUAAUUACGGAGCGCAUCAUGCAACCGAUACAAAGGUGGAAAGACAAGAGAAACUGUUGGAUUUGUAUGCAUUUACUUGCAAAUGUGUGGCUUGCGUUCAAAAUUAUCCAACAAUCAACGAUAUGCCGAUGAAAAAUAGCCCAGAAUUUAUAUCGUUGUUCAUGGACUUUGCCCAUUCAAAUAAUCCGAAGCAGAAAAGAAAGUUGCUGAACCAAAACAAACAGAAAAUUGCCACUUUUUUGAAAAAGCACGAUCAUCAAUAUCCUAAUUUCGAAAUUAUGGCUCUUCAAAAUAAGCUUACUCAAUUAGCGCAGUCUUUGUAUGAGCCACUUCCGCUGAAGAUGCAGUUGAAGCCGUUAACGAAAUAAUUUUUGAGUUUAAAAAGCAUCGAAUUUCUAAUUGAAUCACGUCAUCACAAUUUUUAUCGUUGAUUCCAAUAUUUGUUUUUAGUAAUUUUUUUAGCAUAAAGCAUUCAAUCGUUUGUUGAUAUGAAAAAGUAAAUAAAAUAAACAAUUAAAAGUACUCAA